AUGACCGUUAUCACCACAUCGCAGACCUUCAACAACAUCGUAGCCAUGGCGCCCUUAACUGCCGCGGAGAUUGUGAAGCACCCCGCGUAUGACUCGGUGGCGUGGAAUCUCUCUCCCACCACCUCAGGAACCUGUCCAGUGGCGCAAAACAGACGCGGCGGCCCCCUGAACCUGUACUAUGAGAUCCACGGCACUGGACCUGCAAAGCUCGUCUGGAUCAUGGGGCUGAACGCCUCACACGAUGAUUGGAAGCGGCAGACCAAGUAUUUCGGCCACCAGAACGCCUCCAAAUACACAUGUUUGGUCUUUGACAAUCGCGGCGUCGGCCGCUCCGACAAGCCAGUGAAUUACUACUCCACGUCGGAGAUGGCACAAGAUGCCGUCGAUCUCCUGAGUCACCUGGGCUGGAUCGACCUCUCGGCCCCCGCCACCCGAUCGAUCCAUGUCAUCGGCGCCAGUAUGGGCGGCAUGAUCUCCCAGGAAGUCGGCAUGCUCAUUCCCGACCGUCUGGCUAGUCUUACGCUAUGCUGUACGGCCCCGCGACUCGUCCGCACCGCCCCGUUCCUGGAGAACCUCCGCGAGCGCGCGAGCAUGUUCAUCCCCCGACAUGUGGACGUCGAGUUGGCGCGCUUGGGCUACACGCUCUUCGGAGGGGAUUUCCUCGACCAGCCGGAUACGGAGAACGAGGAUCCGAAGAAGAACUUCCCGACCCGGCGCGAGCGGUUCGCGGCGGGCCAGUUGAGGAAGCGGGAGGAUCCCGAUCGUUUUACGAAGAAGGGCUUCCUGAUGCAGAUUGUGGCGUGCUACUUUCAUCAGAAGUCUCCGCAGCAGCUGAAGGCGCUGGGGGAUGCUGUUGGGCGGGAGCGCAUUGCUGUUCUGCAUGGCACGGAAGACCGCAUGCUUACGUUCCGUCAUGGGGAAAUCUUACAUGAGGAGAUUGGGAAAGGGAUCCUGUGGAAGGUGUACGAGGGCAGUGGCCAUGUGUUGAUGUGGGAGAAUGAAGAUGAGGUGAAUCAGCUGUUGGCGGAGCUGGUCGAAAGGACUUCCGGAUCUGGAACGAAUCCUUAG